AAACGGCGCAUGACGUCAGGCGCGGUGACGUCUUGUAAGCUCAAACUUCAUGCUGCAUCUUAAAAUUAUGUUUUCUCUUUUUUAAUACACAUACCUGACGGUGACGCCCAGUGAUUUACUUUUCAUAAAUUUUGCCGCAGAUUGCUCCAAUCAGCCGACAGGAAGCGGAUACUGAUGGUUAUUGCUUGUUUAAUGGUUGCCCACGGCGAUGGAGCUGACCGUUUUUUUAUGGAUUGUUAUGAGACUCUUGUUAAACAGCGUUAUUGAGGGCAAUCUGCUUGCCGACAAUAAUCUGACUGAAGUUGUGAGUACUCCACAUCCGUUGAAUUCUGGCUCUGGUAAUACCACGAGCUUCGUCGAUCAGUGGACAGAUUUAACAACAACUUCAUCGACAUUAACUCAAAGUGAGGUUCUGCCGCGAGUAGGUACACUGCCAGACCUUGAAAUAAACGUUCACUCUUUGUGUGUUUGCAACUUACUGGUGGAACAGUGUGAUAUAAAUUGCUGCUGUGAUCCAGACUGUAGAAAAUCUGAUCGAGCUACUUUUACAACCUGUGAUAUUAAGAUUGUCAUGGGUGAUCGUGAGCUUUGCAAUCAAGAGGCAGCAAUGUAUACUUUGAAUUGGAAUAAAUCUGUAUCCUUGAUCAACCCCAGCAUCUUUUGUAUUAAGACAAACAAUUACAGAGCAGGAUCAUCUUUUUUUGCCCCAGAAGUGCCAACCACUCAUAAUUUUGACAGAUUAAUGAAACAAUUUGGUGGUUCUUCCUUUAGUACACCAAACCCACCAACUACAAGUAGAUCCAAGUCAACGGCAAGAGGCUAUCAGUAUGGGGUUCCUAUUAAAGCAGUUGAUGAUUUUCUGAGACUUCCUGCUCCUCUGGCAACAUCUGAAUGCACUGACAAUAACCCAGCAGGCUUCUUAGUAAAUCAGGCAACAUAUUGCAGCAGAAGAUUUGAUAUAGCAGCAAACUGCAGCAAUUUUAGAGCAUUAAGCAUACAACGCUAUCUCCAUUUUAGUAUUUUGCCAAGCCCCAGUGCAAGCUCAGACAGUGCUAUCCCUUUACUACUUACCUCUGUUAAUUUGAGAUCUCUAAAUGGAACGCUAACACAUCCAAGUGACCGUGCUGCUGAUAAUUGGUUGCCUCGUUUACAUGAUGAUAUCUGCGUAAAUGUGGUGCUAGAGGUGAAUUAUGUCAUUGUAUAUAAUGAUAAAGGAAAAAUUGUGAAUGCCUCUGUUGCAUUCAUUCUUGGAGCCAUUGAAAAUAACAUGGUACCAAUACAACAACACUUUCAGAUUACGUUCAUUCAGGACAAUACAACAGGUGUUCCUCUCAGUGGAAAUCCAGGUUACAUUGUUGGACUCCCUCUAGUGGCUGGAUUUGGACCAAAUGCCUCAUUUGGUAUAAUUCAGAGCAAAAACAGACUUGGGCAGCUGACUGUCAUUAAGAGUUCAACCAAUCAGGACUGUUUAUGGAUGGAAGGACUUCGGACACCAGUACUUUUUGGAUAUAAUUUACAUUCAGGUUGUACAUUGCGUAUAAUGAACAGCACAACAUGCCAUCAGUGGUCGCAAAUCAUUAGAAAUCUGUUAAUUGGGCAAAAUUUUCCAAAUAUCGUGGCAUCAUUUGGAAAUUCUCCAGUCCAGUAUGUGAAAGACUGGGUGACCAUCAAGCAAUUUACCUCUAGAGCUCAGAGUUGUGAUUGUGAAGUUCCUCAGUCUUUAGCCCUCCGGGUAAUGUGGACAAAGUAUGGAUCCUUAAUAAAUCCACAGGCUAAAAUAGUCGAUGUCACUCAAACAAUCAGAAAAACCUGCAUUAUGAUGCCUUUGAAAUCUGCAAAAACUUUACAUAUUUCUACCUCUGUUACUUUUACGGAUAUGUCAGCAUCUGCCCAGCCUGGAUACAAAAUGAGACCAACGAUUGAUGCCAAAUUGCCUUAUGAUUUCUUCUUUCCUUUUUUGUGAAAGGUCCUGAACUGCUCACAGGGACAGGAUUAUAUUCAAAUUUUAGCCUGAAAUUGAUAAUAUGUCUGCUUUGUAAAGUUAUUGAUUAUUUUUCAGCUGAAAUUCCCUCAAGUGUCAUGUUUUCUAGCUAGAUAUAGGAUCAAAUAAUUUGUACUUAUUUAUACAUUGUACAUUGAUGAAAGUCUUAGGUUUCCAACUCGACAGCAUUUACAGAAUAGGAAUUGCAACUACAAACAGGUAUUCUUUAACAGCACUGAAUUCAUUUACAUGCAGAGCACAAAGUACUGUAAUAUUUAUAGCAUUAAAGGAUUUUGGACACUAUUUAAACAGUAUUGUAAAUGGUCUGGUACCAUUAUUUUAUCUAUCUUUUAAAUAGAUGCUUUCUAUGCAGGGAGAAUUUUUAAACCUAAUUUGUACUUUUACAAUUCAUUGCUGCUUUUGCUAUAUCUUAAAAUUGUUAUGAGUUUUCCAAAGAAAUUUUAAAAAGUGUAUGACUGUCUUCAUAAUUCAACCAUCUAUUUCAAGAAAAAUUAAUUUCAUUUUAUGUAAGUUACUGAUUUCCAGAACUAUUUUAGAUCAACUGUCUAUAUCUAGAAAACUAACACUUAAAACAAA